AUGAUUGUACUCAAAAAAAUCCUCCAAGCCCUAGUGGCCACCACCCUACUAACCAUCGCCCUGGGACGAGCAUCUCUCCAAUCCCAGCCGGCACAACAGCCCAUCUUACAAUCACUAAACCCACGGGAGGACCCGGGCUGUGAUGGCUCAGGCAUCGACCCAGACGGCCACUGCAGCGGUGACGGGAUCAUCGACGACCCGCAGAACCCGCGAGACAAGGAGCGCGAGGGGUUCAGAUUCGACAACCCCUCAACGAACUGCAAGUACGUCACACAAAUGUACGUCUGGGACUCCUUCAAAGACCUCGAGACAGACAUGACAAAACUUUUCACCCUGAUCCACAAGAAUGUCAGCUUCACCGUGGUAGGCCACCACCCGAUAGCUGGGCACUACAACGACCUGCUUCAUUUCUAUGUCAAUGCGCUGCGUCGGGUUAGCGUUAUGUUCUUCGACUAUGCCGAUAAGUUUGAGAUCCACCCACAGGCUAUCCAUGGGGGCUGUGAUAGUGCUUGGGCUGUGUCGGAGAUUCAGUUCAAGGGCAUGAUGAAUUCUGGGGAUCAGUUUGAUAUAGUCAAUGUGUGGGUGACGAAAUGGGACGCAAAUAAACAGAUGGUCGAGAUCCGGACAUACAUAGAUGCUCCACGGAUCAUGGACGCGCUUUCUAAGAACGAACUCUGGUGGAAUGGCAGCACGUCGCGCGAGAAUGUGCACUAUGUGCCGGGGCCCGCGGGCAUGCCUGAUCUCAAGGAACUGGAAGACCUUAUGGGGUACCCUGAUGGGCGUAAGUAUGAGGAUUGA